CAAUAACGAAAAUCGUUAGUCAAGAAAAUUUAUAUUUAAAGUGCUGACGAUUACUUCAUACUCAAAAAAUAUAAACGACUUACAGAAUGCAAAACAAUCGGGACUAUGAAGGGGUGCCUCAAGAUGCUCCACCAAUUGUGAGACAACCACGAGCCACUAUGUCACCAGCAGAAGCUUGGAUGAGCAUUCCUAUUGGCAUACCUAACUGUCCAACUGGUCUAGAGUAUCUAACAGCCGUGGACCAGUUGCUUAUAAAGCAACAAGUGGAUUUGGUUGAAGUAUUCUUUGGCUGUGAAAUGAAAAACAAAUCAAAAAUAAAGAAUUCUGCUGGCGAAAAUGUCUAUCUGGCUGUGGAAGACACACAUUGUUUGACUAGAAACUUGUGCGGUUCUUGUCGGCCUUUCGAUAUACAAAUUCUUGACAACUUUCAGAAUGAAGUGCUGCAUAUAUAUAGACCACUACGUUGCGAAUCCUGUUGCUUUCCAUGUUGUUUGCAAACAUUAGAAGUAUCUUCGCCGCCCGGUACGGUUAUUGGUAGUGUGGAACAAGAAUGGUCACUACUACGUCCAUUAUAUUUAAUUAAAAAUGCUUAUGGUGAAAAUGUAUUGCGUGUGCGUGGGCCGCGCUGCACUUUCAAAUGCUGUGCAAAUGUGGAGUUUGAUAUUUUUGCUAUGAAUGGAGAUAAGAUCGGAAAAGUUUCAAAGCAGUGGACAGGUAUUAACAAGGAAAUGUUUACUGACGCUGAUUAUUUUGGAGUGAAAUUUCCAAUCGAAUUAGAUGUGCGAAUGAAGGCAGUUAUUUUGGCCGCAACUUUUCUCAUUGAUAUGGUGCAUUUUGAAUAUUAAGAAAUUGCUAAAAAUGAUUAUUUGAGCUUAGCCAGUACAGCAUAUAUUGCUUCAACAUAAAGGACUUAUACAAAAUACGUAUACUCAACGCGCACAUUAACAUUAUUUCUUCCAUAAAGCGUUCACUUUUAUGCUUUUCUUCAUCUUAAUGCUAACGAAGUACUUACAAACUCACCUGCUCACAAAUAAGACACCGAGAAAAGCCUUUUUUACACUAUUUGACAAUAUAUUUUUUUUAAUAUUUACAAUUACAAUCUAAAUAAUAAGGUUAAUGCUGUAUUUAUAUUGCAAAUAUUUUAAAUAGUGGUAAUGAUGCUACUUAUGCAAUCACUUAACAUAUGAUA